AUGUCUGACGGCAGAGACGGAGAUAAGAAGGCUGAUGACAACAGGCUGAGACCAGCGAUCCGCAGUCACCAGCGAACUCCCUCUGGGUCUCGUGACUUCAAGGAGGCCACCAAACGAGAUGCCCUCACACGGCUGGAGGUGGAACUGGAGAGACUUGUGGAGCAAGUCCAUGAGACCAGGCGGCCACAUGUCGAGAAGGAGUUCAAAGGGUUCAAGAACCUCUUUCGUAGAUUCUUAGCUGAACAGGGCCCCUCAGUGACAUGGGAGAAGAUUCAGAAGCUACCAGAGGGCGCUGUGAUCGACUACUCGUCCCUGACCACGCCCACAACGGACAAUGUCCACCGUAUGCUGGAAAAGCUGGUGGUCGUCAAGCUUAAUGGUGGUCUUGGAACUUCCAUGGGAUGCAAAGGUCCCAAAUCCGUUAUUCAAGUCAGAAACGAUUUGACAUUUUUGGAUCUUACUGUACAACAGAUUGAGCAUCUGAACAAAAUCUACAAAUGCAACGUGCCGUUAGUCCUGAUGAACUCAUUCAACACGGAUGAGGACACGCAGAAGGUGAUCCGCAAGUACCAGGGUCUGAAGCUGGAGAUCUAUACCUUCAACCAGUCCUGCCACCCUCGUGUGAACAGGGAGUCUCUGCUGCCGGUACCGCAGCACACCGAUGUACACGCGGACAUUGAGUCAUGGUACCCACCUGGUCACGGUGACUUCUACGAGUCCUUCCACAACUCCGGUCUUCUGCAGAAGUUCAUCGGGGAAGGAAGGACCUACUGCUUCAUCAGCAACAUUGACAACUUGGGUGCCACAGUGGACCUGAACAUCCUCAACCUACUCCUUAACCCAGACCCCCAGAAACCGAUCUCAGAAUUCGUUAUGGAGGUGACUGAUAAGACCAGAGCUGAUGUUAAGGGAGGUACCCUAAUCCAGUAUGAGGACAAACUAAGACUUCUGGAAAUUGCUCAAGUGCCAAAGGAACACGUAGAUGACUUUAAGUCCGUCAGUCAGUUCAAGUUCUUCAACACAAAUAACUUAUGGGCGAAAUUGGACGCGAUCAAGAGGGUGGUAGACCAAGGAUCUCUGAACAUGGAGAUUAUCGUGAACAACAAACAUUUGGCGGAUGGUCUGAACGUCAUUCAGUUGGAGACGGCCGUAGGAGCAGCCAUGAAGUGCUUUGAGGGAGGAAUCGGAGUAAAUGUGCCAAGGUCACGCUUCUUGCCGGUCAAAAAGACAUCUGACCUCUUACUAGUGAUGUCCAACUUGUACAGCUUGUCACAUGGGUCUCUAGUGAUGUCCCCACAGCGAAUGUUCCCAUCGACUCCGUUAGUGAAGUUGGGUGACAACCAUUUUGCCAAAGUGAAAGAGUUCUUGAACAGAUUCGCGACGAUACCUGAUCUGAUCGAGUUGGACCAUCUGACUGUGUCUGGCGACGUCACGUUUGGCAGAGGAGUCUCUUUGAAGGGCACAGUAAUCAUCAUCGCGAACCAUGGAGAUCGUAUCGACAUACCAUCAGGAGCGGUUUUGGAAAACAAGAUCGUGUCCGGAAACCUUCGCAUCCUGGAUCACUAA